CACAACGGAAGUGACGUUGCAUUUUUAAAAACCCUACACACAUAUCGGGUUGAGAAGUAGGGAGGAGAUAGUGUGUGUAUGUAUAUACACUGCGUUGGGACCGGAAGUGGGUCCGCUGUGAGGGAGAGGAGGAGGGGCCUGCGCGAGGAUCCUGCUUCCGCCAGUUGGGCGCGGAGGAGGAGGAGGAGGAUCGGAGGGUGUCUUCGUGGCUGCUCAGCAUGGAGUUCCGCGACAUCCUCAUGGUGGCCUCGGAGCAGCAGGGGCUCAGCGCCGUCCCGAAAAGAUACAGCUUGGCGGUAGGCCCUCCAAAAAAGGAUCCCAAAGUUAAGGGUGUUCACUCAGCAGCUGUGCAAGCUUUCCUCAAGCGGCAAGAGCUGGAACAGAAGAAAAAAGCUCUUGAGGAAAAAAGAAGAAAAGAAGAACUUCUGGCUAAGCGUGUUGAACUGAAACAUGACCGAAAGGCAAGAGCUAUGGCUUCACGUACAAAGGACAAUUUCCGUGGCUAUAAUGGUAUUCCUGUUGACGAGAAGCCUAAAAAAAGGCAAGGUCGUGAAAGCAGCUCUGACAGAAAUACAGAAGGAACUGAACACAUUAUGGAUGAUGAAAUGGAGCUGUACGAAUAUAGUCAGACAGAAUCUGAGCAUGAAUUCGAAGAACAGGAAGAAAAACCAGCCAAAGCACCAGUAAAACCAAAGGCACCUCUCAAAAGUGCACCUCCAGUAAUGAAUUUUAAUGAUCUUCUGAAAUUAGCUGAAAAAAAACAAUAUGAACCAGUUGAAAUAAAAGUAGUGAAAAAAAUAGAAGAAAGGCCCAUGACGGCAGAAGAACUCAGAGAGCGGGAAUACUUAGAACGGAAGAGUCGAAAAGGGGUUGUAGUGAAAGAGAAGAAAGUAGAAAAAGAAAUAAAACAUGUAAUUGCAUCAAGUUCUUCCAAAAAAGAAAUUUUACAAAAGGAAUUAAUAAAUGUUAAACACAGCAAACAUUCAGCAGACAAGCACAACCUCUCUAAAGGAAGUCUUUCCUCACACAGUGGUGUUGAUAAGAAACCCAAAGGACCAGCAUUAAUUGAAAAGCAGUCAAAGUUGUCAUCCACCUCCAAACCUAACCACAUUGAAAAAGCAAAAUCUGCAGCACCAAAGGGACCUUUAAAAACCCCAACAAGCAACAGUCACAAUAAACAUGUAUCAAGUGAGGGGGGUAAAUUGGGACCCAAUUCCCAUACUCAAGUCUUGAAAAGAACUGCAAAUGGAACUCUCAAACAACCUUCUACUAAAGAACCCAGUCUGAAAAAAAUGGCUAGCCAUAUGAAACCAGCUACUGUGUCUGCUGCCCAGCAUGAAAGUGUUAAAAAUUCAAUCACCAAACUAAGCAGCAGUUCGGCCACAGGAGGCCCUCUGUCAAGAGCCAAGGGAAACUCAAGUACAGGGCGGCCAAAUAGUAGUAUGGUUACAGGACGUGGGUCUCAAAGCAUGGGUCCUGGACAAACAGGAAACAGCCCAGGAUUAGGGCAGCGAACCAGCAGCUCAAAUAUGGGAUCUGACCGGCCGGGCAGCACAUUAAGCAUGGGGUCUGGCCGGCCAGGCAGCUGUUCAGGACCAGUGCGUUCUGCCAGUAGUCAAAAUGUAGGACCUGGUCGACCAGGUAGAAGUCUAAACACUGGACUGGGAAGAAGUAGCACCUUAGGAUCAGGGCCAGGCCGGCCAAGCAGCACUUCUGUUGGAACUCUAAAACCAAAGUGCACUGUUGUAUCAGAAACAAUCUCUUCUAAAAAUCUGGUCCCAAGGCACAAUAGUGCCCAGACAAAUGGAAUGAGAUCAUUUCCCCAGCAAAGACAUGGGAUCCCCCCACAAGGCUUUCCAAGGCCUUCUCUUCCACCUAUUACUUAUAAAAGGCAAUAUGAUGAUGAAGAUGAAGAUGAUUCUGAAAUGGAAGACUUCAUUGAUGACGAAGGAGAACCCCAAGAAGAAAUUUCUAAGCAUAUUAGAGAGAUAUUUGGCUAUGAUCGGAAUAAGUAUAAAGAUGAAAGUGAUUAUGCCUUACGUUACAUGGAAAGCAGCUGGAAAGAGCAGCAAAAAGAAGAAGCCAAGAGCUUGAGACUUGGAAUGCAAGAAGAUCUAGAAGAGCUGAGACGUGAAGAAGAAGAACUGAAACGGAAAAAGCAGGCAAAGAAGCUAAGAACACGUUAAUCAAUUUGCCAUAGCUGACUUUUUGUUAUUCUUCUUUCCCCCCAUAUUCUUCUACUUGUUCCAAAUUUCAGCUACAGUUUUAUUUUGUGUAUGAAAAACAAGCAAACUGUGUAGAACAUGGACAUCUAGACAGUUGGAGUUGGCUUCAUACUAUUACUCAGCUGGGUUCUGCAGUGGCUGGAGGACCAAUGACUUGGAUUGGUGGUUGUUUCUAGUCCUCUUCCCCUUCCCCAUCACCCCUGUUCACCCAGUAAUGGAAUGGGAGAUGGAGAGAAGUGGUGCUGAGGACUGCAGGGAGAAGGAGACAUUAGGAAAAAUUGGCACCUCUACUCCCUUCCUCCAUCAAAAAAGCCUCCAUGGAAUCUCAGUUCUUUCAGUGAAUGGCAGAAUCCUUUUCAUUUGUGAGGAGGAAGUCAGGAUCUGACUUUGGCUUUACCCAGCCUCCAAAUACCUUUUUUAAUACCUGCCAGCAUCUACUUUUUACAAAAUAAAUAAUGCACUAAUGGAGGAUAUUAGAUGAAGUAGUGGAAAUUAAUGUUACUACUGUCUAAAGUAGUUCAAGAAUGCCAGCAGACUACUGAUGGACUAUGCACUGACUUGCAGCAAGAGGGCCCACACAAAAAUAUGCCAGUCUGCAUUCUUAAUUUUAUUUUAAAUUUCAAGAUGGUCCAUAUUCUGUUGUUGUUUUAAAAGGCCAUUUUCUGCCAGGUCAAGAUUUUUAAGUCAUUUUUUCCUGUUCAUUAAAGCAUAGAUGUAAAACAUGUAGCUGCUGUUAUUUUGAAAGCAAUAUUAACCUGUACUGUGAUUUCUGUUUGGAGAAGAAUAUCUGAAAAAGUAAAAGUACACUGAAAAAUCAAGCGUUUUGAUUGCACAAAUUAGUAGGUGGUUUCUAUUUUCCUGAAAGUAGCUGUUGUGAAAGAGGCAGCAACAUAUUUGCCAAUAUAAAUCUUCUCUUGCCCCCAUGCUAAGCCAAUGUGUUGACCCUAGAUAUAGGACAAGUUUUUUUUUUUCUGGCCAGCUGAACCUGUUCUCUUGGGGUAUUUGGAAAAUCUGUCUAUUCCCAUGUGCAUUGGGUUGAUAUCUCCCUUUGAGAGCUCAGUCUUUGAUGCUUUCCUCUGUUGCCAUGUAGAGAAUUGAACUGGGGUGUUUACCGUAAAUCAUUUAGAAAUUAUUUCAUUAAGAAAUGGGACCAAAUGAUUAGUUUUUCACUUAGGCUGAAAUUUCAUUGCCACAAAUAGGGAUUUAAAAAAAACCUGCCCAGAGAAAUGCAAACUUUCUAUGUUUUAUAUAUAAUUUCUGUGAUUUUGGCUUCACUACAUUUUAAGGAUAUAUUUUGAUGUAUAUUCCUCAUUUUUAGUUUCUAGUUCAGAUUAAGUUCUUAUUAUAAAACAACUCCAAAGCUUGACACUAUAUAUUACAACUAGUACUAGGCUUUUCCAGCACAAAUACUGAUUGGAUUGACAUUCCUCGAUUCAUAUGGGGACAUUUAUAAUCUAUAUAACUUCUUGAUGAAGCUGAUGAAUAGAUUGCCAGAAGAGAAAUAAAUUCUUUAUAGCUGAUUUAAGAGUUUGUUUUUAUCUGUUUCUGAACCUUUUCUCACACACUGAUUUUGAACUAAUUUGCAGUGGCAAAUUAAAUGUGUCCAAAGUAAAUGUCUUUAUGUAGCAAAAAGUACAAGUUCAUUCAGUUCUACUCUGGAAUUUCAACCCCAUGUUUUAUGGUUUUUAUUCUUAAAGUACCUGUGACACACAGUCACUGCAGAAUAUACUAUUUCAGUUCUUCAAAAUUUCAUCAAGUAACUCUUUCAUGAGGAACUUUAUAUCGUUCUGAAAAUUAAAAAUGAAGGGGGACUUGGGCACAAUAGCUAAGUAACCUAGUAUUUUGGAAUGGAGUGGCUAAGGUUUAAAUAAUUGCUUAUAAAGGUAGUGUUGCUUGUGAAAAAUACUUGGGAAGUUGGAAUUCUGUAUUUUAAUUCCAUGUCAGCACAAGGACAGCCAGCAGUUAAUUUUUAAAGCAUUCAGCCUUAUCAGAUUAAAGAACUGUAUAUGCUGAAAUGCAAUAGUUGGACAGUUGCUGCUAUUAGCAUGCUGUUUAACAGGAUGCUUUAAGGGUUUACUGUUUUCCCUAGUGCUGUUUUUCCAGAACUGUGGACUUUUUUUUAUAAAUGCACAGUCCACUCUGUUUUGAAAUAAUCAUAUAUUCAAACAAGUGUCCUGUAAAUACAACCAUUUAUCAUUUUACUCAUUCAAAAUGAUGGCCUAAGUUGCUGUUCAUUUUCUAAUUCUAAGGAGAAAGAGUAGAGUAUCAUUCCAGAUAUUGUUUUUAAACAAAUCUUGGAAUUUGUAAAGAAUUUAUAAUAAAAUUCUGUAUAGGGCAGAAUUCUAAAGCCUCUCUAUAAUCCACUUGCAGGUUUUAACUGUUUCUUGCAAAUUUGACUCAAGACUGUAUUCUAAAAAACUUCAGUGUUGUUUAUCUUGUCAAUGAUUAGAAAAUAUUCUGUAUUCUUAAGGUUUGUCAUUUUACUCGACUAAUAACCUAUCACUAACCUAUCACUUAUUAAAAUUUACAUUUCAUAUGA